CACUCUGCCCUCUCUCUCUCCACACUUUUCUCCUUCAAAUUUUCCCAGAAAAUCCAAGUGAACAUUCCCGGAAAAUCCCAGAAAAGUUAUUUGCUUUCCUUUGUUAGGUUGAUCUGGGUCCUUUUUUCAAGUCCGGUGGUUUCAGAGAAUUCUUUAGGCCUAAAUCUAAAUCUUUCCACGGAGGCCUCUUCUUUUCUAGCCUGAGACUGAGGCUGAGAGUGAGCGAGAGUGAGAGGUUUCACUUUAUUAAAAGGUCUCAACAUAUUAUUGCUAUUUUAACUCCCCUUCAACAUAUUUGAUAACGUUUGUGUCAACUUUUAUCUCUUUGAAUCGCACCUUUUAAGACUCGUUUUUGAUGUCAGUCUUUUUUCUGAAUCGGCCUGUUGGGUUUCUCUGCGUUUGAAGCUUCUCUUUGACGGUUCAUAUCACUUUCUUCCUCCUCCCUUCUUUAUUCUCCCUCCCCCGUGUCUCGACUGUCUCAAAGCAAUCUUCCUUUAACUUCACGCUCUCUCUCUCUCUCUCUCUAUAUGGCUUUUUCAAUGCGAAUAGUGAGAAUCUGAGCAACCAAACAAACAACUUAAGUUAAGAGUGGACAUGGAUGACAGUAUGAGUAGCAUGCUACGGCCGAUCAAAUACACGGAGCACCGAAGUCUCACCAAGAAACUCACCAAGCCCAAGGUGUCUGAUGGUCGGACCGGUGUGCCUAGACUUGUACGGAUAUCGGUUACCGACCCAGAUGCGACCGACUCCUCAAGCGACGAAGAAGACGAGCUCUUCAGCCGACAACGCAUAAAGAAGUAUGUGAAUGAGAUCAACAUCGAGACUGCUUGUAAAACCACUGUGUUGAUUCCUCACAAGAAGAAAAAGAAGAAGAAGAAGAAGAAGAAGUCGGGAACCGGAGGGACCAUUGAGGCGAACCGGAAGCCAAUGAAGGUUGCGACAGUGGGUAGGAAGUUCCGCGGAGUGAGGCAAAGGCCGUGGGGCAAAUGGGCGGCAGAGAUCAGAGACCCGGCGAGACGUGUCAGGCUGUGGUUGGGCACUUUCAAUACUGCGGAAGAGGCGGCCAUGGUGUACGACAACGCCGCCAUUAAGCUGCGUGGACCGGAUGCUUUGACAAACUUCAUCACUCCUCCGACCAAAGAGAACCCCCCCGAAAUCAAUAUGACGUCAGUUUCCGGCUUCGAGUCCGGCGAUGAUUCUCUCAACUUGUCUUCUCCGACUUCAGUGCUGCGUUUCAGAACCAACUCUAAUAACCAAGUUCAAGAAACCCAACCGUGUUUUCAAGAGUGUGAAGGGGAAACAAGUUUAGGGAAUCAAAGUGUUGUUGAUUACUUGUCAAUGGAGAUACCAUUUAUUGAUGAUUUUUUCAAUUUGGAACACCCAGACCCAAUUCUUUUCCACGACACACCAACACUUCCAAGUAAUUUGUUGAGUGACAAUGAUUUCGGCGACAUGUUUAUCGACCCAGUUAAUGAUUUUGGCUUUGGAUCCUCUUCCCCGACGUGGCAAGUCGACGAUUACUUUCAAGACCUCGGCGAUUUCUUUACCUCAGACCCUCUCAUGUCUCUCUGAAUCUGCAGGACUGUUACCACCGUUGGCCUGUCGAAUUUUCGGCAAAUUUUGUAUCAGCGGAAGAAAAAAACAGAGAAAAAAGAAAAUAGUUUUUCUAUAUUAGUGUUUUUAUUUGUUUAGAUAUUUCGUUUUUAAUUUACAGUAACAAAUAAAUGAGUGUAAUAGUAUGUUUUUUUUGUUAUUAGACUAAAAUGGAAUUAUAUAAUUUAUUUCCAA